AUGUUUCCUCUCGCCGUCGCCGCCUUGGCGGCGCCCGCGCCCUCCGACUUGCGCGAGGCGACGCCCACUCCGAAGACGCGCAAGCUCACCUUCGCCCCGUCUCUGGCGCCGUGUGACGCCGGCUUCGUCCCGACGUGCGAGCAAGCGAAAGGCUUUGGCCUCUGCGACUCGGCCACCGCAGCGUGCGACGAGACGUGCGUCGAAGGAGUGAAGAUGACCUGCCCCGUGACGUGCAGCCUCUCGGCGGAGGAGACGUCGGGGCACAUGGACCCGGAGAGGGCUCCCUCCGACUACGACAAACACUUGGCGCCGGCCGCCACGGCGGCCAUCUGCAGCACCUGCGCAGCUCAACCCGACCUUCCCUGCUGCAACAACCACCCGUACGAACGCAAUGGCCGCCGCCGCCUUGGCAAUGUGGGAGACCUGGGUAGGGGGAAAGAAAAUUUAGAUGACUAUCAGUGUCGGGGAUGA